AUGGGAGCAAUCAAGAAAAUCCUUCUGAAGCUCUCGCCAGAUUCGAAAAAAGGGGAAGAUGGCCGCGAUGUGUUUGGAAACCGUGUUCAAUUCGUUCUCUGCGCCAUGGGCGGUGCCGUUGGUCUUGGUAACCUGCUACGAUUCCCGUCAGUCGUGUACAACAACUACGGUCUUCAGUUCUUCAUUCCGUACCUCAUCGCUCUUUUUUUCGUUGCCCUUCCCGUCUUGGUCUUAGAGAUCGCGCUUGGUACCGUCUACCGUGGUGGUCCUGUGUUGGCAUGGCACAGCAACAACAAGCGCGCCAAAGGCAUUGGUCUUGCCGUCGUAUUCAACGGUUAUGUUGUUGUUACCUAUUAUGUACCGCUCCUAUCCUGGAUCAUGAAGUACUUUGCUCGAUCGUUUCAGAGUCCCCUUCCAUGGAAAGGGGCAGACCUCAGCGAGUACUUUUCUGAAGUCAUAGUUGCCAACGCGGCCCCAGCAUCGACCGGUAGCUUCAACCCCGAUGGCAGUGUCGCCUCUUACACUAGUUACACGGGAACCGGGAUGCUGGGAGAGACUGCAGGCUGGGCAAUCUUCACCUGGUUUGUCACCUGGUUGUGCGUUUUUAGGGGUGUAGGCAUGACUGGACGUGUCAUCUACGUUACGAUGGGUCUCCCUCUGGUUCUGAUCAUUAUUCUUAUUGGUCGUGGAGUCUCUCUACCUAAUGCUGGAGAGGGUAUCAAGUUGUACUUUGCUACGUGGAGGACAAGCGCACUCCAGGGUCCGCAGAUCUGGCAAGCGGCUUUUGGUCAGAUAUUCUUCUCUAUUGGUGUCGGCUUUGGGUACUUCACUUCAUGGGCAUCUUACUGCUCGCAACACUCAAACGCCGUACAAGAUGCUCUUAUUAUCGCCUUUAGCAACUCCGCUGUCGAGGUCAUUGCCGCUUUCUCGGUCUUCGGUGUCAUUGGCUACUUGGGCAUUGACCCCUCCAGCGGUGAGGCCUUGGGUACUUUCGUCACAGGAUUCAUCACAUACCCCGAAGCUCUAGCACAGAUGCCAGGCGCUCCGUUCUUCUCCGUAGUCUUCUUCUUCACUCUCUUCCUUCUCGGCCUCACUUCCGCGUUCUCUCUCCUCGAAGUCAUGACUACGUUAAUCCUCGACACAAACUGGGGCUGCAAGAUUCCUCGCUGGGCUGUUUGCACUAUUGUGACUAUUGUCUCUGCGCUCAUUUCUUUGAUUUAUUGCACAGAGUUUGGUCUCCAAGCCCUUGAUGCAGUGGAUACAUACGUUAACGAUGUCGCGCUCUUCUUCACAGUAUGGUGCGAGACCUUCGCCGCAACAUCGCUCUACCGCUGCCGCGAUGUCGCGAACCAGGUCGGCUGGCCCAGCUACCUCAUCUACACCAUCGGAUUCGCUGUCGCCCAAGGACUUGGCAUUCGCGUUGCUUACGGCUCCACUCCUGGAACUGGUGCUGGCGUCGGUUUUGCCUUCUUCUUUGCCAGCACUUUCAUCGCACUCUUCGCUGCUAGAACACCUGGUAUCCCCGCCCCGCGUUUCUGGGGUAACAGCAAGUUCAUGAGCCGUUUCUGGUGGGUAGCUUUCUAUCCUGGAAAUCAACUUACUAGGGAUCUCAAUGUUCUCAUUGGCGUCGGAAAGAACUGGAAUAUCCCUUAUUUUUGGGCUGCUAUCAUGAAGUACAUCUCCGGUCCUAUCCUUGCCAUUGUCCUCUCAUUCGCCUAUCCGAAGUUCACGGAAACGCAUAUGUACGACCCCAUCAUGAUCUAUGGCUUCAGCAUCGUUCAUCUCGUUUUACCAACGAUUGUAUUGGGUCUCUUAAUGCCGUCCUGGUUCAAUUGGAUCAUUCCUUCCGCGAAGAUUCCCCUGGGCGAAAAGCCAGUUGCGCCAAUGGAGACGAUUGACAACUCAAAUGAGAUCAUAACAAUCAGUAGUGAAGAGAGUGGAGUACCACCGUACACUGCCGAACCUAUGAUGGAGCCCAAGGUGUCGAUGAAGCAUUGA